ACCACUUUCAGAAAAAGCUAAAUUGCAAUCCCUUUUAUCAUAAUCCUCAAGUAGCAUAUGCUCGGCUGCUGCAUUGUUUAGACCAAUCUGACUUCUGGGUUAAGUCUUGACAGGAACCAAAAUGAGCAUAAAUUGUUUGUGUUUUUUCUUCACCUUUCUUUUGAGUUCAUGUUUGUGCUGCUUGUGCAACUCUACAAGUGACUCUUUAGAUGGGUUUGCUAGAGAUUUGGCCUUCAAGGCACUUUCUGAGCGCCGGGCUCACACUGGUGUUCUGUACAAGGCUAUCCUGCCUGCUAACUUAUCUGGCAUGGAAGUCUCCGUUGUAAGGCUUCGAAGCCGGAGAUUGUGGAACAGAGGUGCUGCUAAUUUCAGCUGUUUUCAAAUCCCAUCAAGAACCAUGCCUAUGCCUCAUGUGAAAAGGCUGGCUUUGGUCCAUCAAAAUUUGGGCAAUUGGUCUUCUCACUACUACACUCUUCCAGGUUACUCCCUAGUCUCUUCUGUUGUUGGCUUUAUGGUUUAUGAUGCAUCAAAUACAAGUUAUAAUAGCACCACAAAGCUCAGUCUCAAAACCAUGGGGAAGCCUAUAUUGGUUCAAUUCCCCAAUGUCACAUUGGAUCAAGGCACGAUCUCCAAGGCAAAGUGUGCAUCAUUUGCUACCAAUGGGACAAUUUCCCUCACUGAAAUGAGACACCCUGGUGUAUGCUACGCCACAGAGCAAGGUCAUUUUUCGAUCGUCCUUCGAUUGAAGAGAAAAAGAAGCCUGAAGUUUCUGUGGGUUGUAGGGUUCGUGCUUGCAUCUCCCAUGAUAGUUUUGGUGGGUUAUGUUGGGAUGGCAUCUCUGAAGCGUCUAAAGGCGAAGAAGAUUCAGGUGAUGGAGAAACAAGCUGAGGAGGAUUUGGUUCUUGAAAAUAGAUGGGUUCUGGGUAGUAAAAUGCCUUCUGCUGCAGUAACGAGAACUCUGCCGGCCCUUGAGAAUGGCUCUCCAUGCCAUGGUUCAUCAGAUCACUUGUCUUUUUAUGGUUUGGCCAAAAGCAAUAACUAUUGAGUGAAAUUGUAAAUUUGUGAAACAUGAAGUUUCUUAUUGUCGUGAAAAUAAGCAUUAAGAUUUAAACUGCAUCAUCUCUGCUUGAUAUUAUUCUCUGAUGGUCAUUAAUGAUCCCAGCUUCACAUCAUUCUCAUACGGUUUUCAAAUGAUUGCAUUUAUUCGGGAUAUUCGAAAUAUUCAAAAGACACUUGAGCAACAUUGAAAGAUACUUGAGCAACGUGACAAGUUGAGUGACAUGCUACGCCUUAAUAGGUGCCUGGACCAAGUUUUUCUCAAGCAUUACCCAAAAAUAGAAACGAAAAGAAAUAUCAUAAUUAUAUGAAACACCACAAAAAAUGCAGUAUUGGACUCUCUUCAUGAGAUAGAGUAAUUGGUGUCGUGUCACCUUGAGAGUCGAGGUAGGUAAUGAACAAAGUAAUUUCAUCAUCCUUGGAUCUUCAAGAACAGUUGACAGAGCCACUAAAGUAAGUCUGUCUGAACUCAUAAAACGACUUUCAGACUGCUUCACACCAUUACAAAAAUAACAUUAAAAUGUCCCCUCUUUCUACAGUAGCCUCAAGGCCCUCAACCUCACACAACAAUGUUAGCUGACCGCUGAACAAGAAAAUUGUGAACCAAAACUACAAUGCAAGGCAGCCAUGACUGAAAAAGAACGCAAGGAACAGAAUAGCCAUUUCAAAAUGCAAAAGUGAACAAUGGAAAGAAAUCAUAAGACAACAAUUUAGCUCAUUGAACUCAAAAGGCA